UUGGUGAAUGCACGCAUCGGACUCUCCUUGCCGACGUUCGUUCUUUCUUCAGUGCGUGCCUUACGCCUUACGCGGAUAACGUAAAGUAUUUGUUUCUUUCAUAUCAUCUACGUGGCGUAUUGUAGUGAAUAAUAUGCUUAAAUUCCUGGAUUACGAAAGGAAGUGAAAAGACUAAUAGAUACUUUUCAAAAUUGCUGAAAUCAACAAUGAAUGUUGAGUUUGCUGCAACUGUGCUAUUGAAAUCAUGUCAGUGCUCUGUUUGGUUUUUCGAGGGCCGACGUAACCAGUACCAAGAAUAACGGAUAAUAAUAAGUGUAAAACUGAUCUUGAUCUUAUUUAAAAAGAAUUGCAUGAUCAAAUUUGGUGACUCAAGUGUUCAUAGAUCUUUCAAAUACAGAUAAAAAGAAAGUUCUAAUAAAAGUGAAAAUUCGAAGUUUAGAUUAAUAAAUUAAUUGAGUUAUCAUUUAAAAAGCGAGAUCAUAAAACCAUAAUGAAUAAUAUAAUUAGACAUAAUACCACUUUUAGAUGAAUCUAAAUAACUGGGCAAGAUUUGAUAGAAAAUAUUAAACUAAGCGCAAAUGUGUGUGAUUUCGAAGUAAUAACGACUAUUCCGAAUUUUGCAAUGUUGAACUUCUGUUUAUAAUAUAAUGAGUGUAUAAGAGAAGCUGUAUAAUAGAACAUAUAGAAUUUAUUUUUUUUUUGUUCUAAUAGGCGCGCUUUGGGCUAAAUAAGCUUAUAAUAUUUUUAGAUGGCGUUAUCCUCAGUUAUGAUCGGUUUACAAAUUCUAGAGCAUUGCUAUAUUUUAAAAAAACAUCGACAGCUUUCAUUUGUUUGAAAUAUACAUAUAAAUUUCUAUAUAUUAUAAAAUGACUAGUUAACCAUUACAGAAUGACUUCGAGCGAAGAUGGUGAUUUGAUCGAUCUUGGAAACGAUAGUUGUGUACCACGAGUAUCGAUUCAAGAAUCAUCGCCUGACGAGCAAGAACAUCUUCUCGAUGUGUGCCUACCGAAGUUAGAACAAGCAUUGUCAUUAACCAGGAAGCAAGAACAAGUACAAUGCAUAAAUGACAACGGUGAUGUAUUAGUCACGUUAGGUCACGAUCAAGUGGUGCCGAUUCGUAAAAGAAUCGAUGUCGUUUCAUCCGAUACGAUAAAAAGGGUUCGUGACAUUACCAGGAACUUAGAACCAGUUAUAAGAAAGACUUGUUCCGACAUUAAUGAGGAGCAUCAAGACACGGUUGAUUAUGGAAGUUCAUCGGAUAACAAAGACGGACAUUAUUCCAGUGAAAAGCUCGAAGACGAUACGUUCGAGGCACAGGAGAUCAACGAUGCUUUCAAUUUUCUCACAGAACACGAUGACAACGAUGAUCCAGCUGAAGCGAAAUGUAACCGUUAUGACCAAGUUAUACAUUCACAUGGACUGAUCCUAUUAACCUCUCGUACCAUAAAAAACGAAGAUUUAUUGAAUUACAAUGGUAAAAGUGCUUCACAAGCACUAAACUGCUGGAAAGCAGACACGGAUUUAAAUGAUUCAGCUUUUGAAUUAUGUUCGGGCAACCCUUCUGAAAGUAUUUCGAGGAAACCUAGAUCCGAUCCUGUUGAUUAUGAGCUUGGAGCGAGUAGCAUUAAUGUGGUUGAAAAUCAUUCCGAAGAACAAACGUUUGUACGAACAGCUAAAAGAAGAUCAUUUCAGCAUACACAUCGUAAAUCUUGGACGGAAGGAACUACACUCAAAAAUGCAGCACAGGAUACAUUUUCUCGGUUCGAUAGGUCAACUAGUUUAAGAGGAUAUAAUUACGCGUCAUCAACUUCCAAUGGCAUUCAUCGGCAAUCCAGCUUUAUUUCGAGUUGUUCAACGGAGGAAGGAUUGGAAACGAAUGGAGAGGAUCAAGAGGACGGAUGUUCAGAAUGUUCGGAAGUAGAUUGGUCGUGGUUAGAGGAAGUAGAAUGUCCGCGGGCUACGGAGUCGUUAGCACCCGGUGUGGUUGACGCGGUUCAGGAGAACACCGAAGGAGGGAAUGCAUCCCCCACCAGUGAAAACGCAAGACGCAGGCGCGGUCGCGAGCAUCGUGCUACCGAGGCGGGCUGCAGUGUCGCGAUGUCUGUCUCCGGGACAGUAAAGUCCCUAGUGGUCGGUGGUUCGCGAUGGUUAACUUCCGAUCCGCCGUCCGACUGUAACGGCAAUAAUCAGGAUGAAAAUGUACGUUGCAACGCGAGCAACGAAACCAUCGAUCGCGAAACACGUGACAAUCCUACGCUUGUUAAUUCUUGGGUACGGGCUUCGAUGAGACGUUUGCGUCAUUUGAGAUUACCGGAAGAAACUGAACGACAACGAAACAUCGAUUUGAACAGUUGCCACGGAACUGUCGUAUCCGCGCCAAAUUCUUUGCCAGAUAUCGCUUUAAUUGCUCCAGAGAUAUUAGCUGCCCAAACAAACGGUACUUCCGGCACCCUCCUUAGGCCAUCCAGCGCUCCUGUAAGAAACUCGAAUAAUUCAAAUGUAGUGCCAUCGCGGAGAGGCGGAAGACAAUUUAGAGCAAGUCGAUCGCAAAGAACGCGAAGCCGCGACAUUACUUCGAGGCAAAGCAGCGUUUUAUCGUCGACUACGGGCAGUGAUACAACUGCUUCAGGAAUCACGACAUGUUCCAGCUCUUUUGGCGGUGCUUCUACGAGUCCACCUUCUAGCACGGCGACAAGUCCGCAACGCAUCGCUUCCAGACGAAUAUGUGACAGACAGAGAGACGUUGAUAGGGAUGAGGAUAGAGGAGAGGAUGAGGACGAGGAUGCUAAUCCAUUGGGAAAAUGGCCACAUGCUCUUAGUCCAGCCUUGGCGUGUCUUAGUUGCACCCUUGGUCUUUUUAAUAUAAGUAGAUUUUCUAUUCUUAGUGUACAAUUUGGAGCAAAUUUCAUUGUACAGUUCCUGAUUUUAUCUUUGGUAUUGGGUAUUCCACUUUUGACAUUGCACGUGUGUCUCGGUCAAAGAUUGGCGGCUGGAUCCGUGGAUAUGUGGAAGAUUUCACCCCUCUUUCAGGGUGUUGGUAUAGCUCUUCUAAUUGCACAAGCAUUCAUCGGUAUCUACAGUAUCGUUGGUGUGUCCUGGAUGUUCGUCUACUUUAGAGAUUCAUUUAUAACGAAGCAGGAUAAGUACCGAUGGGCAGAACCGUUUUCCUUGUACAGAGAAGAUAAACCUACACAGAAUAAUAGUAAUUUGCAUAAAUUAUAUGAGACAGUACCAGAUUAUUUUAGCGGAGUUGUCUUGCAAAGAAAUCAUUUAAACGAAUCAGAUCCCGGUGUCGUAACGUUAAAGUUUCAAGUGGCUUUCAAUUUAGCUGUUGUAUGGAUGAUCGUGUUCGUAUCAUUAAGCAAAGGUCUGAGAUCUUAUGGCAAAGUAGUAUAUGUUUUUACGUUGGUGCCUGUAUUUGGUACAUUAGUUCUUUGUACGAAAUUACUUGGCCUCACGCCACCAGGCUCUGUACAUCAACUUUUUCCUGCCACUGUGUGGACUGAGUUUUUCAUUAAUGGCAAAUCGUGGGUAGCAGCAUCCAUCGAGGUUUUCCUCACUUGGGGAUUACUUGGUGCAGCUGCUAUGCAGAUAGCUGCUCAUAAUAAGCACAAACAUCUAUUACAACGAGACACGAGUCUAGUGAUCGUGUUAACUCUCGCAGUUCUACUUCUCGCAGCUUUUCUGGCAAAUACUUGCGUGCAAGUUUUGCGACAUCAUGGAUAUAUUUACAUACCUAGCUCAUUUGAAAGAAUAUCGUCGUAUAUGUUUAUGCGACCUGUGAACCAGCCGGCACCACCGGGAUAUAGCAGUACACCAGAAAGAUUUAUGGCACAUGCGUCGUUUAUUGUUGGAGAACGUGUAACUCGUCCCGGUGCGGACUUUAGUGUUGAAUCUGGUUAUCAAGCCUUGAGAUUUUCGACUGAAUUGGUUCCUGCAACGUUAGCGUUACUAGGCACUGAACAAGUGUCACCAUUCUGGGCAGUUCUUUUCUAUUUUAUUCUUAUCCUAUUUGGAAUAGCUCAACAGCUGGCAAUAUGGCAUUGUGUAAUAACUGGUAUUAUGGCAAUUAAUGCAAAAAUGAUGAAGUUAUGGGAAACUACUAUUACAUUCUUCAGUUGUGCUUGUGCUUAUAUACUAGGCUUACCCAUGGCUACCGAGUUGGGCAUACACGUCGUAUAUUAUCUAGACUACACAAUUGGUGGUACAUGGUGGAUAAUGAUCUUAUACUUGGUGCAAGUUGGUGCUGUAUUCGCAGUGCGCGGACGUCCACAUAGUGGUGAAGCGGUAGUAGCCGAGUUGUUUCCUCCAACUGGUCGAUGUCUCAGACACUGGGCUGGUCCUCUUCUCUCAUUCACGUGGAACGUUAUACUGCCUGUUAUUCUUAUGGUACUUAGCAUUACAGCAUUUAAAAAUGCUGGAUUUCGAGAACUUUAUUCUUACCGACGUACCGCUAGAGAGUACUGGACAGUUUGGGCAAAACAACUCGGAGCUACAAUUCAAUUAGUACCAAUAUUGACGAUACCGGCAGUGGCGAUUAUACAAACAUGUCGAUACUUGAACAACGGUCCACCCGAUAUUUUUGAUAACAAUCAAGUGGAAGUUAAUAUAAAUCACUGUGAACAAUGUAAUGGUAGAAUUCAAUUAUUGUAUCGACCAUCUUUGGAGCCUGAUGAUCCACGAGAUGCGCAAACGCAUACUGGAAACGAUAUGAGUACCAGCAUUCACGGCAAUGGUAUCGUACAUACAACGACAGAAGUACCAUUUGAAGAUCCACCGCCAAAAUAUACACCUCCUCCGAGUUACACUACAGCAACGGGAGCGAGAAUAGCAAAGAUGUUGCGGCAAAGUUUUCGAAGAAGUGUACGUCGAAUAGCGAACGUGCUCGGUGAGAGCAGUACUCCGAGACAGAGACCGGCGCUACAACCUCCACCUCCUGAUUACGCCACUGUACUUGUAGAAAUGAAUCAAAGUAGGCAAACCCAAGAUGUAACAAUUCAUAUAACUGAAGCAAGAAACGAAAACAUCAAUUCAAACACUCAAAGUAAUGCUACCGAAAGACAUAGACCUAAUACGAUAGAUAGAUCAACAAGAAUUGGUGUGGUAGAACGCUCGAUAGAAAGAACGCAUUCGACGCUCGAAAGACCUCGUCGACCUUGUAUGACUUCAUCGAGCAGUUCGAAUUUAACUGCGGCCGAUGUGGCUAAUUUACUUCGUAGUAGCAUUAGGAGAGGGACUACGCGAACUCAACAGUCCCUGCGUAGGAGUUUCUGCCAAGACGAAUCAACGGUAGCAGCGUCCGUUGAGAAUCUAGUCGAGGCUGCAGCGCCGAUCGGUGAAGAAUCCUUGGUCCUUCCAAAGGACGUGUCUCUAGUCUCUAAUGAACAGGCUAACAGUAAUAGCGACGAUAAAAAGACUGCCGAAGAAACGGAUGAUUCCGUUUCUGUGAUAUAGACUAUAUCUUUCUUUUGAGCAUAUAAGAAGAAUAAUCUGAUGGUUAUUUAAUUUCUGCUGCAUAGUGUUACGGUGAUUUAUUCCUUGUUUAACUUGUAUUCAAUAUUCAUUUUCACAAGCUAUUCUACGAAAGAUAAACAAGUUGCUGAUGAUUUCAUCGAUCAAUGAUCGAAAAAAUAAUUUUAUCUCUCAGACUGAAUUCAGUAUUUUCUAAUCUUGUCACACUUGACAAAUAAGUGCAUAAUCUCAUCACUUUAAUUACCGUGACAAUUGUAUAACGCGCAAAUGAAAAUUGGAUAGCUAUAAGCAGUGAAACAUAUAGUAAACUCGUUUUGUUACUUACUACAAUAGACAUCGAUUUUAUAUUGUAUAUGUUGAACUUCAUUGAGGUUCAGUUUGCUUUCAAUCAGUCUAUUUUAGCAUUUUGGCAUUUUCAAUCGAGACUGUGUAACUAAAAUAUUUAUGUAAUAUAUACUACUGUAACAUUUUAGUAGUUUUAUGAUAUUAGUGUACAUACUAUUUUAACGAAUCAUAAAUUCGCUUAUUAAGCAUUUUCUUCAUUAACCAUGAUGGUUGUUUAAUGUUACAAUAAUAUAAUCCGUCCAACAUUCAUCAAAGCCUAUGUAUUAGUUUUUGUGCAAUGGUUAAAAAAUAUAUACGACGUAUUCUUUUAUUUUAAAAUAUUGCAAAAAAAUCGUGGAGAAAACAUGUACUGCAAUUGAAAUUAUUUAUCAGAGAGUAUAUACAUAAAAUGAAUAAUCAUUGAACUAAUUGGAUAGAAAAGAGCGGAGAACUCCAAUAUUAUUUACAUAAUUAUGUAGCAUAUAUAUAUAUAUAUAUAUAUAUAUAUAUAUAUAUAUAUAUAUAUAUAUAUAUAUAUAUAUAUAUAUAUAUAUGUAUGUAUGUGUGUGUGUGUGUAUUUUACCGUACAAAUAUUCUAAUAUUUCAUACGUGUAAUUGCUAUACCUGAUAUUAUGGACCAUAAUAAAAUUUUUAUGUUCUUUUUUAAA